UCUGGCUGAAAAUCGGCAUCAUGGAAGCUGCCGCCAUCUUUGCUGUGUUUGGAGUCAGGACCCCUGCAGCUGCCCGAGGAUACGCCCGAAUUUAAUCAUUGUAGACGAGACUUCGGUGUCUGAAAACUAAAGAUGACGGUUCAUAACAUCUACAUCUUCGACCGGAACGGAAGCUGCCUGUAUUAUAACGAGUGGAACCGGAAGAAGCAGGCGGGAAUCUCCAAGGAGGAGGAGUUCAAGCUGAUGUACGGGAUGCUGUUCUCCAUCCGCUCCUUCGUCAGCAAGAUGUCUCCUCUGGACAUGAAGGACGGCUUCCUGUCGUUCCAGACCAGUAAGUACCGCCUACAUUACCUGGAGACUCCCAGCGGGCUGAAGCUGGUCUUGAACACGGACCUGUCAGUGAACAGCGCCAGAGAGACGCUGCAGCACAUCUACAGCAACCUGUACGUGGAGCUGGUGGUGAAGAACCCGGCGUGCUCGCCGGCGCCCUCCCUGGACAGCGAGCUGUUCUGCAGUCGUCUGGACGCCUUCGUCAGGUCUCUGCCAUUCUUCAGCCCUCGAGCCGCCUGAUCAGCAGCUGAUCGCAGUUAUUGAUCUGGAGUUUGUGAAUAAAGUGAUGAAGACCGCCUGA